ACCUUUCUUCAAUAACUAUGAGAAGAAUAGUACUAUGGAAGAUGUAUAUGUGAAUAAUAGAGCUUUACCGACCAAGCAGCUCUCCUGAAACUUUUCUAGCCAUGAAUGAUGUCAGGGGAACCCUACUUCCUUCGGAGACAAUGCCAACUAGAGGAGAGAAUUUGUCACUGUUCUCUUAUCCAAAUGACUCUGUGGAAGUUACCAAGCCAAAUCAAUACUUUUUGCCUGGAAGCAAUGGAACGUUGUAUGGCUCUGAAGAGAGUCCUCCAUUGCUAGUAGAUGCCUGGUUGGUUCCUCUAUUCUUUGCCCUUAUCAUGUUGGUGGGACUUGUGGGUAACUCAUUGGUAAUAUACGUAAUAACCAAGCACAAACAGAUGAGGACGGUCACCAACUUCUACAUAGCCAACCUAGCCAUGACGGACAUCAUCUUCCUGGUUUGUUGUGUGCCUUUUACUGCCACUCUUUACCCACUGCCCAGCUGGGUGUUUGGCGAUUUCAUGUGCAGAGGAGUAAACUAUCUACAACAGGUGACGGCACAAGCAACCUGUAUAACUCUUACAGCAAUGAGCGUGGACCGUUGCUAUGUGACAGUAUAUCCACUGCAGUCACUACGACAUCGCACGCCUCGCUUAGCCAUGGCUAUUAGCCUGGGCAUUUGGAUAGGCUCCUUUGCAUUAUCCAUUCCUUUUGCAAUGUACCAGAAACUGAGUACUGGUUACUGGUAUGGACCACAGACAUACUGCAUAGAAGCAUUCCCCACAGUCAUCCAUCAGAAGGCUUUCAUACUGUACACUUUUCUUGCAGUGUAUCUAUUACCACUGCUGACGAUUUGUGUAUGCUAUGCUUUCAUGCUGAAGAGAAUGAGCAGGCCUGUUGUAGAGCCCAUUGAUAACAACUACCAGGUUCAGCUUUUGGCGGAGAGAUCUGAGGCAGUGCGAGCAAAGAUAUCCAAAAUGGUGGUGGUGAUAGUUCUGCUGUUCACUAUCUGUUGGGGGCCAAUCCAGCUUUUCAUUUUGUUUCAAGCAUUUGAUUCUAAUUUCCAGCAAAGUUAUGAAACCUACAAACUGAAGAUUUUUGCUCAUUGCAUGUGUUACACUAACUCAUCUGUCAAUCCCAUUGUGUAUGCAUUCAUGGGAGCAAACUUCAGAAAGUUGUUUAGGAAAGCCUUUCCAUUCAUAUUCAAGCCAAAAGUUGAGUGCAUCACUGGAGCGGUUGUUAACACAGAAAUGCAUUUUAUAUCAUCGGGAACUUGACUUGUCCAAUCAAACACACUUUUUCAGAUUGCAAUAACU